CACUGUCGUCUCACUAUCCAAACCUCUGCCAUUCCUUCUCAUUCGUCAACAAAACAUCAUACCGCAUAAAUAAAAUCCUAAAAAUAUAAAUUAAACAAAAAAUUCUACUACAUUAUACAACCAGCCAGGAAACUAAAAUGUUGCUGCUUGAAUCCAGUGCUUCCAGUGUCGAUCUUCCGGAUGAGUUGCUACAACUUCUGCCGUCUGAUCCUUACGAGCAGCUUGACGUGGCCCGCAAAAUCACCUCCGUUGCGCUAUCCACACGUGUCAAUGCGCUCCAAUCAGAGUCUUCCACUCUGCGCGCCGAACUCGCCGAUAGGGAGCGGCUCAUCGAGGAACUUCAGGCUCAGGUGGACUCCUUCGACGCCGCUCUCUCCGAAGCCGCCGAUAAGCUAGCCAGAGCCGACCGAGACAAGGAGAGUUUGGUGAAGGAGAAUGCUUAUCUUUCCAAUUCGGUGAGAAAGCUCACCAGAGAUGUCUCUAAGUUGGAGAGUUUCAGAAGGACGCUUAUGAAAUCACUUCACGAGGAUGAAGAUACUUCUGGAGGAGCAGCAGACCUUGCCGCUAAGUUGCAGAGUCAAGCAAGUAUCACUUCCUCGUCGCAAUUUGGAGAUGAAGAUGCUUCAACGCCUUCUUCUAGAUCUUCUUCAAUGCGAUUAAACACUUUCGACACGUCAAAUUACAUUGCGGAGGAUCGUGAGUCCGAUGGUUCACGAUCUGGAGCAUCCCAUAAUGUCGUGUUAGCAUCGCAAAGUAGCACCCCUCGCAUUACUCCUCCAGGUUCCCCUCCCAGUAAGUCUGCACUGGCAUCCCCGACAAGAACAUCAUCUAAACCUGUGUCUCCAAGGCGCCAUGCAAUGUCCUUUUCGACCUCAAGAGGAAUGUUUGAUGAUAGGUCUUCCUCACAAACUGGUCGAACACGAGUGGAUGGAAAAGAGUUUUUUCGCCAAGUUAGGAGUCGUUUAUCCUAUGAGCAGUUUGGUGCAUUUUUAGCAAAUGUGAAGGAACUGAAUUCUCAUAAACAAACCAAAGAGGAAACACUGCAGAAUGCUAAUGAGAUUUUUGGGGCUGAAAACAAAGACCUUUAUACUAUAUUUGAGGGAUUGAUAACGCGCAAAGUCCAUUAACUUUGCCUUAACUUUAUUACUAAACUUUUUUUUGUUUCAACUUUGUAACAACUCAUGAUAUUUCUUCUACUUUAGCAACUUGUUCCCACAAUAAAUUUCUUGUUGCUUGAUAAAGUUUUCUUUAAAUUCUACAAUUUUAUUUAUUUAUUUAUUUAUUUA